CUUGGGGUGUGGUAUAUUGUUAAGGAAUUAUCACAACAUUCCCGGAAAUUCUGAUGAUUUAAAAAGGGGCUCAAGUGCACGACUAGGUUCCACAGAGCUACAGAUUGUAAUACAGUACAGUGUUCACUUAAAUGAACUUUUCUCCUUCUGUAGAUUUGCCCAACACUGACCUUGAGUUACAGUACCAACAUGUGGACCAGUAGGUGGUGUGCCAGGUGGUGCUGACCCCUGUCGAGCACCUGAGCAGGUGGCUUGCAACUCCUCUUUGCUGGUCCUGUUCUCCACGGCCUCUCAAACUCAUCACUUGUUUCUUCAUUCUAUGGCAUCUGAAAUGCCUAAGUAAACGAUGAAAAAACCAAUCCGAGUUUGGUCACAAGACAGAAAGAGAAGGCACGGAGUUGUAGCUGAGAGCUUUGAUGAAGUCGUAGAGAAAGGUGCUGCUAAGUUGGGCCUGCCAGACCCAUGUGCAGUAACAGUAGUACUGGAGGAAGAUGGCACAGUGGUGGAUGAUGAUUACUGGGAAACAAUAGCUCCGGAGACGAGGCUUAUUCUACUCUCUGCUGAUGAAGUAUGGAAACCUUCACCUCUGGCUGUGCCCAGUAACCUUCUAUUUGUUUCUGAUGAAACAGAUAGCAGUAUGGAUGAGCAACAAAGGGCCUCUAACCUUUUUGCUACUCUUCAGCAGAAUCCUGCUUCAGUUGCAUUGCUUGGUUUGUCUGACCUGGAAAUAAUUAAAGAUGCAAAUUUAAGUGCCCCAGAAUUGUCUAAACAUAAUUCAGAAUCUUCAAUGCAGUUACAAGAGUUAUGUAUAGAAUUUUAUGUAAAGAAGAAAAAAGAAGCUGAAGCUAUGGAAUUAGUCGAUUUACUCAAGGAACAUUGGAAAGGUAAUGAUGAUGAGUCGAUCUGAGUUAAUGAUGAUGACGACAGUUUGAGUCACAGUCUGUGUAGUAUACAUACAGUACUGUAGAUAUUUAACCAGGAUGGAAGGACUAUCUUAUUACAGUAUGACUUAAAGCUCUCUGGGUCACCUCUGCAUGUAUGCAACAAACCAUGUCAGUUUUGGUAUAAGAAUUAUAGUGGUGCUAUUCAUAUUCAGGAAUUCAGUUUGCUUUAUCAGUGACAUUUUAUUCCCCAUGAGAGACUGGUUUUUUUAAUGGGUGUGGGUCUCUCUCAUUGCACCAAGUAUUGAUGUCAAAGUUUUUCAUAAUGAGUUUUAUUUGAAUGUCAGACAGAUAAUUAUUAGUACAGUAACAUACUACAUAAUAGUGUAACAGAGUGCAGUUUAAGGAGAGGUGCACACUGAAUUCCUGUAUUAUAACAUAGUGGUCCUGGUAUCUAGCAUUUUUGCAAAGUUCAGUACAGUACCUACAUACUGUACUGUAUUAGUAGACAUGGCAGAUAUAUAUUUUAUCACUAACAUCAGGGGCCUGUUUGAAACUGUUACCUAAUAUGCAAGACUAGUGUUUGAAAUAUAUACACGUUUUUGUAACCAUAUAACUAGGAAACCAAUACUGUAUGUACUUGAUAUAAACUAACCAGACUAUCUUUGUUAUUGGUUGAUGCUUCUCAUAUUUAUAGCAUAAUACACUAUUGAAGGCUGAAGUACAGUACAUCAUGAUAGAUCUCUCUCAGUAUACUUUAAUGUACUUUAUAAAUGUUAGUGUACUUUUUAUAUUUUUAUAUAAAUAUUUGCAAUACAGUAUAUUUGAGGCUCUAUAUUAUGCAAGAGUAAGUAUUCAUCGAAGACUUAAUGUGUUCAUAUAAUUUUCCGUCUUUGUGGUACUAGAUGGCUAUUUUACAUAUAUAUUACAACUCCUGCAGAUUUUAACAAUGAAAUUACAAAUACGAGAGUUACUAAUGAAAUGCAAUUUAUUAUUAGUAUAUGGUAAUUUACAAAAAGAAUUGCCAACUAUAUCUUCAUUAUAAUUAUUAUUUUAAGUAAUUCUGUAUACAGUAUACUGUACUGUUACUGGAUUAAGUACUUUGUAUGCACACCAACAUGCACACCAACUAAUCUUUGUACUCUAAUAACUUGGGGACACUUCUUUCCACAUGCAGAAUGUUGUCAGUAAAUAACAUGCAUGCAGUUGUAAUGCUUUUAAUCCAUUUCAUUAUAUCCAUCUGAUGAACCUAUUUUCUGCUUUAGUAUCAGAUUUUUAACAUAGCUUCUUGAAAUAAAUUAAUGUCUACAUUAUCCUAAAGCUUGUAAAUGCUUCAGAAAUAAGGCACUCGCUCAUGUGGUAUCUCAUAAGUUGUAGGACUCUCCCUGUCAACACAACUGGCUUAUAUAUGUAAAAGUUUUGAGUUUCAUCUUUCGUUGGUUGAAUGACACUUUUCUUUCCAUCUUUUGACUGAAUAAAUUUACAAUUGAUUUUCACCAAUUAAUUUUGUCUUGUGUCUUUACCACUUCCACCAUCAUGUACAUUCUCGCCAAAAACUUCUUGAACGCUAUAAGCACAAUGUAUGUAGUCUGAAAAUGAACGAAGAAUCUGAAACCAAUCCGAGAUGACAAGCCCCAAUCAGCUCAUUCUCACAUCCAUCAUGCCCAGGUGUUUGAGGAGUUUUGUCGAGUGUGUACAUGUGGAACUACAGGGUCUCAUUACUGUAAGCUAGUUUCAUCCUUCAAACUCCCUUACACAUGAUGUACAAUCGAUUUAUAUUUGUUCUCACACUUCCAUAACCCCAGUACCAAAGAUUUCUCCUGCACUCAAAUCCCCAUUGACCUGCAAUAUCAAAGAUUCCUUUACCUCUUUGUUAAAUUGUCUUGACCUCUUCGUUAUGGAAAGUUUCUUUGUUGUGAAGUGAUGUUUACUUCUUGUUGAUAAAGCAUUCCAUCUUUAUAAUAAAGAAUGGCUUUCUAUUCUGUGAAAGGUAUUCCUAAGCUAUUUACACAGUGACUCAUGGCUCUUCCAUAAAGGAGUCAUUUCUCUCAUUAGAGAUGGUCACCGGUCUUUGCACUCUUUGCACGAGUAUAUUUGUCUCUUAGAAUUUAUCAUCAUUGUGUGGAGAUUUUUGUUUUUGUUUUUUUCAAUGAUAGUUGACUCAUUCCAAGAGGAAUGUAUAUUUCUUUCAUUUGGGAGUUGAUUUUCAUUUAUUGGAAGAAUAUUUCUUUGGGUUAGGGAGUCUGUUUCUUUGGGAAUUGAUCAUUAUUCACUGGAUGAUAAUUAUAUGACCAUCGAUAAAGGAGAGUUUUGCUCUUUGUAGAGCAGCACAUUCUGUUGAUUGGCAUUUUCUUCUUGCUCAGAAGUUAGCUUCAUAUUACCUGUACUUUAUUUAAAAAAAAAAUAUUUUUCACUUGUGCUGAAGGCAUUACUUUAUUUCCCUCCUUUAAUAUUAAGCUGCUACUGGAUGUUGAAUUGUGGGUGUGUUUAUUAAUGUCUCUCUUUAAUGUAUUGUGCUUGCUUCUGCAGGUGUUGUAGUUAUUUAAAGUGAAGUGUCCUGGCUCACAUAUACUGUACACUAUUACAUGUUAGACUCCUGCCCAAAUCAUAAGAUUGAAAUACUCAAGUCCAUCCAUUAUAGAACCAAAGAGUUAUGUACCUUAGAGGUAGAUGAACAGUGUCCAUACAUAGAAGUAACAUUUCAUUACACUUUAUUAAUUGAAGCAUUUCACCAGAAAUCGCAUCAGUAAACUAAAGACAAGAUAACCCUGACUUAUUUCUCAAAAGAUCAUUUGGAUGGGUCUCUAUAGUUGCCAGUGUUAUAGGUAAAUUGCAUAUCAAGGCCUUAGUGUGUGAAAUACAGUAGUAUAUCUUUUUAUUAAUUUUAAAGGCAUAAAGUAGAUUUGGGAGAACUGACCUAUUAAAUUUGCCCACUUUUGUCUAUCUUUAGCAGGUAUGGCAGUUCAGGUGCAGGAAUAAUUGCUAGGUAAUAAUGUAUCCUUAUACAGUAAACUUCCUGUAAUCCAGACUAAUUGAGGGGAAGGCCUGUCUGAUUUGGCUGAAAUUCCGGGUUGAGUGGGGAUCCAUACUGUUCUAUAUUAGAAGGCGGAAAAUUUGAGAGGAUGGGAGAUUUCUGACUCAAGCUACCUAAGAACACUGAAUCUACUGUUUUGGGGGGGUAUGAUAUUAAGGCUUUCGUUUCAUUGGGGAACCGAACCCAUUUUUUCCCAUACAGUACGUUCUUUUAUUAGCACAUUCAUAUAGUGAUGGAUACCUGUAUAGGUGUUUUACUGUCCCCUAAUCUUUCUGAAGAAUACAUAGUACAAAAAGGCAAAGUCUCCUCUGGCAUAUGCUAAAGAUACACAGACUAAAUUAAUAGAAAAGUUUGUAAUUAUAAAUGUGUUGAAAGACUCUACGUAUUGGUGGCUGAAAAUUCAAAUACACCAUCUAAACGCAACUAAUAUGAAAGGAAAUGGGUGUCUCAAAGUAUUUUUUGAAGAAAUAAUAACUCUUGUCAUUAUUUAUACAGUAUUACUAGAAUAGCCCCACAGUAAAAUAUUUGGCCCAGCAGUUUCAGAUAUUGAUUGUGAUUAUUAUAACAAGUUUUGAUGAAUUUCAUAAGUGUACCAUGUUUGGAAAUGUUAUGGAGAUCAUAAAGGUGCAGGAAGUGAGGCAGUUCAUGAUCCACUAAACUUAUGGCUUAUUGUACUGUACUUGUAUUUGUUUAUGUUGCACCGAUGAAGUUGUGUAUUGUUGUUGGUAUUAGUGCAGGAAAAUUCAUGUUUAAAAGUGUUGCUUUGGUGGUUAAUCAAUCAAAAUGUAUACCCAUACUUAGGGACAGCACUAGUGUCUGGGAUUUUGUAAUAUUUUAUUUAUUGUUAGUGUUUAAGUACUACAAUGCUUUAAAUCACUAUGCUUAUGUAAUAAAGUGUCAUUACUUUUAUCAGUAUUCAUGCAGUGUAUUGUCAAUCUUUGGGAAAUCCAGUUAAAUGUUGGAACAAGUGUGUGUGUGGUGGGGAGAACUAUAAUGAAGCUUGGACUCGUGUUUAGGGUUAGGACCUACUUCACUGAUGAACAGUUGACAUCCAUUUAGGUACUGGUAAGUCAUGUGCACUUUCAGAUGGAAUACUAUUGUUGUCUAUGGGCUGGGUGUAGUGGUCGGCACUACCUCUUUGAUACAGUGCAGAGAAAAGGCCUCAAAACAAACAACAUUAAUAUCCUUACCAGAGAAUUUCCAGCAUUGCACAUGCACAGAGGUAUCUCAUCUCUCUCCCUGUCCUAUAGGUAUGUAUUUCCACGAUCAGUGUUGUGACGAGCUAUAACUCACACAACCUCAAUUAGCCCACGUGGGUAUCUGGGAGUGUCCAUGACUUUAUGAUGAAAUUUCGUUAUGCAGAACCUCUGCACAAAAGUUAUUUAUAACCUGGACUAGCAGUCUGUGUAACUCUGCCACAAAGUGCUUCACCUAUGUCAUAUAACCUCAGUCAGUUCAAAUUAUCCUAUUUAAGAUAUCUUAAGUUCUUGGCAAGGGAACACCUUGGGGAAUAGAUUUAACAGUAAUGGAUGGGUGUAAUAGAGUUUCUUGUUUUCAGUACAGUCAGGUGCCGAUUUACGAGAAGGUUCCAUACCUGAAAAACUUUUAUGAACGAUUUAGUACAGUAUUGGUAAAUUGGAUCCCAUAUUCAAUAGACUCCCAAUAAAAAGCCGAGAUACGCUUAUACUGGUAUGUUCGUACA